UUGAAUACCAUUAAAGCGUUAAAAAUAUGCGCCAGUUCUACUCGUAAAAUGGUCUAUCGACAGGGAGGUUCGAUUGUUGUGGUGGUGUUGUGUUGGUUUUACGCAAAAUGCGUAUCUUCCUACGGUUUGGGACCUUGCCCAAAAAUUGGAUAUAUGGACCUUUUUAACAUCACCGCCUUUACAGGUCACUGGUAUGAAAUUGAACGCUCAUUUUAUUUGAUGGAACUCAUAUCGAGCUGUGUUAGAGUUGAUCUCGAACUAAACGAAAGAGGCCAGUUAGAAGUAGACGUUUAUUCAAGGAGCCGGAUGUCGGGAAUAUUCUCGAUAAGCGAGGGUAUAGCGACCUCGACCAAAAAGGAUCCAAGCAUUCUUUUAUACAAAGUUAGCAGCAGGCUUCCGCGAAUUGUAAAUCGUUACUUACCUGGAGCAGGAUAUUAUCAGAUUGUAAGGACCGAUUACCGAAGAUAUGCUAUCUUGUAUUCAUGCAGUAAUUUUCAUAUUUUUCAUAUAGAUUUGCUCUGGAUCUGGGCCCGCAAAAAGGAAAUCGAAGCUGAUUUACGAGUGAAAAUUUACGAAAUUUUGGCAAUAAACAAUCUCGAUCCAGAGAGACUUACGUUACCAAAAAAUAAGAACUGUACAGAUGAUUACUAAUUAAUAAAGUUAUUUUUU